UUUUUUUUUCUGAGCUACGAACCAAGUCUUUUGCUUCAAAGAUGGAAAUUUUCUGAGGGCACGAGACGACUAACACGCGUUCGAAUUGAUUAAAGUAAAACAUUGUAAACCACCACAAUGUCGUCAUUCUUCACAGUUCCUGGCGCUCAGAAAAAAAGGAAACGAGCACCUGUUAUAGACGGACCUAAAAAACGAGUCGCGACCACUAAGACUUCGAAGACGCUCUCGAAACCCGCACCUGCACCUAGAAAACGAGUCGAACGAGAUGAGUCUAUAUCAGGUAGUGAAUCUGAGAGCGAGGAUGGCGCGGCACAGCCGGAUGCGCCUGGUUCUGAUUCAGAAUCGGAGAAUGAGGGAGAAACAGCAGCAGAGAAGAGGUUGAGGCUUGCAGAAAGAUAUCUCGACAACGUCCGGCAAGAAGUCGACGAGACGGGCUUCAAUGCUGAAGAUAUCGACCGCGACAUAAUAGCAACGCGUCUACAAGAAGACGUGGCCGAAACAAAAGGGAAAGUGUACAGGAAAAUUGCUUUAGAGCUUGCUGUCGACCGGGCGUCCCAUACUCUCUUCCGGUGUAAUACGCUCGCAACUACAUCUGUUGCCAUAUGUGCACCGUACGUGUAUACGGUCUCAAAAGACCAAUGCUUGGUCAAGUGGAAGUUACAAGACUUACCCGUUUACCAAUUCCCGCAAACUACCAAGAAGAAGCCGAAAAAGCCUCCUGCUCCUCCGCGUCGGCAGCCAACCAAGGUUGCGUUGCGCAAGGGGAAUCGGUCCAAGGCAAAUGAUAAGAACUAUCAAGGCCAUAUAGCCGAUAUCUUAUGCGUAGCAGCUUCUCAGGACGGCAAGUUCGUCGUCACGGGCGGCGCGGACAAGCGCCUGAUCGUCUACGAGGCCAAGUCGUUGAAGCCCCUGCGCGUCUUUACACACCACCGCGACGCCGUAACAGGUCUAGCGUUUCGACGAGGUACAAACCAACUUUAUUCGGCUUCUAAAGACCGUACCGUGAAAGUAUGGAGUUUAGAUGAGCUGGCGUACGUCGAGACCCUCUUUGGCCACCAAGACGAGGUCGUCGACAUCGACGCCCUAGCACAAGAACGUUGCGUGAGCGUAGGUGCACGAGAUCGGACAGCUCGCUUAUGGAAAGUCGUCGAAGAGACCCAGUUGGUCUUCCGCGGUGGGUCGAUCGACAAGAAGCAGAAGCCAGAGAUUGACCCGCGGUCGUUAGCCCAAGAAGGCAGCAUGGAUCGCGUCGCGAUGAUCGACGAUGAGCUCUUCAUCACGGGCAGCGAUAACGGCUCUCUAGCCUUAUGGAGCAUACAGAAGAAGAAGCCGCUCUUCAUCUUAGCACAAGCUCACGGCCUAGAAAACCCAUUAAAGCCGACGGAAGCAUCCGCCGAAACAGCCCCAACCCCCAAAGUCGUACCGCCUCCGCAGCCUAGGUGGAUCACCGCACUCCGCACGUUGCCUUACUCCGACCUCAUACUGAGCGGCAGUUGGGACGGGUACGUCCGAGUCUGGCGAUUAAGCGACGACAAGAGGAAAAUCGAGCCGGCAGGAAUCCUAGGAAACCCAUCUACCGCAGACACCCCCGAAGACAAAGACACAGAGACAACAACCAACGGCGUGAACGGGGCCACAGCCCGCUCGUGGCUAGUCAAAGGCGUAGUCAACGACAUCGCUCUAUUCGAGCGCGGCGAGCGUGGCAAAGACGGCCUAUGCGUCGUAGUCGGGGUGGGGAAAGACCACCGCCUAGGCAUGUGGAAGAAAGUCAAGGGGGGCAAAAACGGGGCUGUCGUGUUCGAAGUGCCCAGGACGAGGGCUGGGCCCGAGAACGGCGUCGCGGACGAGGGUAGGGAUGCCGGCUCGGAAUAAAAUAGUUCGGUAAUGCGUGAGAGGCUCGACAAGACCCUACUCUGGAAUAGAUACCCUAUUUUUUA